AGCCACCAUCGAGGUUAGUGCUGGAUAAAUAUGGCGGCAAUGAAGCUCGUCUCCACGGGGAUGGGUUUUCUGCAGUCGUCCGUGCCGUUUUGUAGACAGGCCUGCAGAAGUUCACUUGGAGUGAUGGAGCAGGUCAGGAGCUACUAUGUUGACUGGAGAAUGGUACGGGAUGUGAAAAGGAGACAAAUGGCAUUUGAAUAUGCAGAUACAAGACUGCGCAUCAAUGCCAUUAGGAAGAAUACUGUUUUGCCAAAAGAGCUACAGGAGAUAGCUGAUAAAGAGAUAGCCGCACUGCCUCGAGACAGUUGUCCCGUGCGCAUUCGCAACAGGUGUGUGAUGACAUCUCGUCCACGUGGAGUGAAGCGCAGGUGGCGUCUUAGUCGCAUUGUUUUUCGUCAUUUAGCGGACCACAACAUGAUGUCUGGAAUACAGAGAUCAAUGUGGUGAUCAGCCAUGGGAUUGUAUAAGUGUUCUAUUCUAAAACCUUGUAAUAAAAUAUAUUCUUGCAUAAAAUGCAAAGACGCAGAGCUGCAAAACCAACAAGCACCUGCUCAAAUGUAUUUUUUUCUAUUAAAUUGAUUUCACAUUCAAUUUUU